AUGGCACCACUGGGCACUCGACAGAGCCACUCUCUAGUUCCUGGCAUCCCGCGUCCCCCCAAACGACCUCCAAACACCGCAGUCAAAGUUCAUAAGUCAAUUGACCCCACGGUAUUCGUUGAGUUAUUUGUUGGAACUGUCGGGAUAUUCAUAAUCGCAGUCUUAUUUUGGAAGUUUGGGCGGUUCAUCAGGCGAUUCAAUCGAAACAAGUUAUUGAGAGCAGGCAAAAAUACCAACACCCGAUAUGCACGCACAUGGUAUGGCUGGGUCGCGUGGCCGACACACGAGAGGAAUAAAAGGGCAAUGCAUGACUUCCUCGCUCGAAUUUGGAAGUCAAUGGUGUGGAAAUCGACCCUAGACGACUAUAGUUGGAUUUGGUGGGAUCCUGGCGAUGUAGAAAAGCGAAAGCAUCUCCAAGAACAGAGAGGAUUUCGUUGGAUACCAGAUUGCCUCAAGAGCUAUGAUGAUUCUCCUACUGCCGACGAAAUCUGGAAUCCUUGUUCGCGACCCAGGUGUCAUGUGGCUUUGAAGGACAGCGUCUCAAUUCCCCAACCUGUUCCAGCGACGGGAUCUGCGCAUGAGGAUAUAUCGAAAUCAAUCCUGCGUCGGCAAUCCAGCUUGAUAAAUAACCAACCAGUUAUCACUCGUUCAAUUCUAGAGGAACUUCUCAGGGACCCACUGCAGCCAAACGAUGCCAGUUCGGAUCACCCGCCCUGGUUCAAUUCUCGCAAGAAUGCAGCAACGCCAGCUACUCGCGCACCGAUGCCAUUCCAAUCAUUACCGUCUCGACAGCGUCAAUCCUUCCAGAUGCGAGGAUCGAUCCCAUGGUCACGUGGUGAUGGGCCCCAAGCUAUCUCAUGUCAAAUCGAAUCUGUCGUGCAACAUGAGGGUUUUCAGUAUAAAAUAGCGGAGACGAGUGGCCAGAUGGACACAAAAAAGCCCAAGCCGCUUUAUGGGCAUGGUAAUCACUGCAGAUACCGGAGAUGGUCAGCACGAAUGCAGAUGGGGCCAAAGGAGGCAGUAUUUGACAACAUAGGGGAUUCAUCUGGCCCCCCAGGGACACCAAGGACCGAAUUACUGGUCAGCUAUGCCUCAGAUCUGAGCUCGUCUAUUCGUGGUCACGCCAAGAGACAGCGAAAUAGCACCGAAGGGCGCUUGCGUUUCUCAGAAGAUAGAACAUCGUUCAUGUCUAGACUCCUCAUUGGAAAUCAAGUUUUGUUCUCAAGCGAACAGCAGACAUAUACCAAAACCGUCCAAUGGAAUUCGGCCCCAGCAAGAUGUCAUUUCCAAGGAAAAGUGACAAGUUCGAAAGCGAGACCAGCAUUGUCUGAUGAAUGGCGAUUUACGUGUGACCCAAAACAUCCUAUCCUCUCUCGCUGUGAAGAGAAAAGGCCAGAAAAAGAAGUCCCUCGAUGCUCUGCAGAUCAAAUCAAGCUUAAGACAGGAGGCGCCAUCGAUCAGUUGAGUGAUUGGGAGGUCAGAAUGAUGGAGAGGCUGGAUCGAAAACUGUUUUGGCUCUUCAAUGAGGUCACUCCAGGGCAAAAGCCAUACCAUUUUGCCUUGCUAGCCAACCACUGGCUAAAUAGAGAAACAUGGCUCGUUUACGAUCCCGUGUCCAGAGUUUCCACUGAUGCACGUCGGUUGUGGGGAGAUCCACGAUUCAACGUUCCUUACCCGGAGCCAGUUUUCAGUCCCAGACCAAAAUACCCUACGGCCAAACAGAAACGCGCGCAAACUCCUCGUAUAGACUCCUGGCGGGCCGCGGUGAAUAAGCAGCGGAAGGUAUCUGGUAUCCGAGACCCUAUUCGCACUAUUACAUUGUAUGAUGAGUCGGUCGAGGACCCGCCAGAUGGCCAUAUCGAUCCAGGCUGCUGGGUUUUGCCGAAACCGCCUCAAGGCUUUGAGAUGUCCACUGCGCAGAGAAACGCGUGGUAUGAAGGAGGGGCAGGUUGGCAAGAGACGCUUGAUGAUUGGCAGCAAGUCCGCCGGGGCUAUCGUGUCCACAAAGCCCUCCACGAAGGCCGAGUCAAUCGGGGGAGGAUCAAGGAAGUGGCAGCUCAAGUCAACAAGUGUUAUCGUACUGCAUCCGGAAAAUUGAUCCCAAGCUAUGAUCUCGGGGAAAGGAAAGCUCCAAACCCCCUUGUCUCAUGA